AUAAUAAAAAUCAUCGAUAAGGUAUUCAAAAUUCUACAAUUGUUUUUUUUAUUGCGAGAAUCAAGCAAUUGCGCGCAAGAGAUUUUGUGGACUUUGUGAUAAAUUCUGCUGGUGAGAUUAUUUCGAUUAACUAAAUAGAUAAUUAAAUAUUUUUCGAACAAUAUAAUUUAUAAAUUUACAAGAGAUAAAAGCUCUCGUGUAAAAAGAGAGAGAGAGAGAGAGAGAGAGAGAAAGAGAGAAUACCUAUAUGCAGAAAAGAAUAUCUUAUCAUAUCUCGUGCCAAUUUUCGAUGAGUUCGACAUUAUCCUCUCGAAGUGAACGCGCGAACUUUGUGAACAAGCCUCAUGUGAUCGCAAUGGUCGGACUGCCGGCUCGCGGCAAGACCUAUAUAUCAAAGAAGCUGUGCCGAUACCUCAAUUGGAUCGGCAUUAACACGAAGGUCUUCAACCUGGGCGAGUACAGGCGGCACGCAACCACGGCCUAUCAAUGUCACGAGUUCUUCCGUCCCGACAACAUUAAGGCGAUGGCUAUACGCACGCAAUGCGCGAAAGACGCAUUGAACGACGUGUGCCAGUGGUUGGAGAGCGGCGACGGCGAGGUGGCCGUUUUCGAUGCCACUAACUCGACGGUCGAGAGACGUCAGCUCAUACACGAAAUUGUAGUAUGCAAAAUGGGUUUCAAGCUGUUCUUCGUCGAGUCCGUGUGCAACGAUCCGGAGAUCGUCGAGCAGAAUAUUAUGGAAGUGAAAGUCAGUAGUCCGGAUUACACGAAUAUGAAAAAGGAGGACGCGCUCGCUGACUUCAUGCUGCGAAUUGAGCACUACCAGGAGCGAUAUCAACCGCUGGACGAAGAGCGCGAAAGCGACUUGUCGUUUAUGAAGAUAUACAACACAGGCGAGAAGGUGCUCGUCCAUAAGCACGAAGGCCAUAUACAAAGUAGAAUAGUUUACUAUCUAAUGAACAUUCAUAUUGUGCCACGCACGAUUUACUUGACCAGGCACGGUGAGAGCCUGAUGAACCUCGAGGGCAGGAUAGGCGGCGAUUCUGACCUGAGCGAACGGGGGCGCGAGUAUGCCAAAGCUCUGGCGGAAUUCAUCGCCAAUCAAAACAUACAGGGCUUGAGAGUAUGGACGAGCUGGCUAAAGAGAACUAUUCAGACCGCAACCGAUCUGACGGCACCGCAAGAGAGGUGGAAAGCUCUCAAUGAAAUCGAUGCUGGUAUCUGCGAGGAGAUGACUUACGAGGAAAUCGCUGACAAGUAUCCGACGGACUUCGCGGCGAGAGAUCAAAACAAGUUCUCGUAUCGUUAUCCGAGAGGGGAAAGUUACGAGGAUCUUGUCGCGCGUUUGGAGCCCGUGAUAAUGGAGCUGGAACGUCAGGGUAACGUUCUGGUCGUUAGUCAUCAAGCCGUUUUGCGUUGUUUAUUCGCAUACUUCCUGGACAAGAGUGCGGACGAAUUACCUUAUUUGGAAGUUCCUUUGCACACCAUCAUAAAAUUAACUCCGGUUGCUUAUGGUUGUAAGGUAGAGCAUAUUCGGCUACCGAUCGACGCCGUGGACACUCACCGGCCAAAACCAAAGAUGCCGGGAUACUUGGAGGAGCGAUUUCGAGGAACGAGAAAGGCAUUGCGCACGUGAUAACGACAAAUUUUUGCGUAAAACACGACGCAGCUAUUUUCUACCGAAUUCAUGUAACGAAUAUUAUAGAUUCCGGCAGCUGGCUGCCAUCUUCCUUGAAAUCCUCCGCGUGCGAUGAAUUUAUAAAGCUCGUGUCCGAAUCUUUUUCUUGUCGGAUUUAUCCAAAAAGAAGCGAGAGACGCGCACCUGUAAUGAUCAACCUAUUACAACAACGUUUUACCUUUUACGUGAAACGUAAUGUAAGACACCGGGUUAUAAAAGGUUCCGCGACGAUGCAAAUUCCGCACGUGUGCGGCAGCAACAGAGUGUGGAUGUAUUUUGUGAUUUUUACAUUUUUUCGAUUGGCAUCUGUGGAUAAGUAGCGAGAAAAUGUAUGUGAUACGAGGAGAUGGACACGAUGAUGACGUCGAUGACGAGCUUGUGGUGUACAUAUGUUUAUAGACGUGCAUCUUUUAGGUGACAAUUCAGACUUUUGUUUGUUUUUUUUUUUUUUUUUGUUUUUUUUUGGAUUGUUUCUGAACAUUCAUUAUUAUUCGAUAAUUAUUAUACGAUACUAGCAUAUAAUUGGGGUGUGUUGUCUUUGGGGAUAAUGCACGUUAUUUGGAGUAUUUAUUUCCCGUUGAAAAACACACACGUUAAGACAAUUAUAUUUAAUUUGGAUCAUAUUUUAGACAGUAUCCCAAGACAGUAUCCUAUUCACGUUCGAUAAAUCUAUUCGAUACUUGAAAUCGCUUGUUCGCGACUUUUAAUCUAAAGAUAUGCGCGUUUUUAUAUACGCAUAUAUAUAUAACGAUACAUAUAUAUUAUAUA